AUGACUGUGGAGUCCAACGUGUUGGUGUUAGCAAAGGUUUGCCAUUCUCAGAUGCUGAAUGCUGCCCCUCUGCGUCCAUGGAUCAUAGCUAACAAAGAUGGGACAAUAGAAGCAGCACAUUGUGAUUGCAAGGCUGGACUAGCACACCGCUUGGUUACACAGAGGACUGUCACCCAAGAGAAGGCUUACUGGUGCAUACCAUCAGCGAUUGACAAGGUGCCAUAUGCCACGAUUCGUCAAAUAGACUUCACAUCAGUAGCGACAAAGAAGAGACGUUUUGAAAGUAGAAUCAGUGGUGGGCCUAUUCAACAGCGGUCAUCCCAGAAACUUCCUGAUGUCCCGAGACCAUCAGCUGCAGACAGACUUGAAAUAUUGCACGACUUGCAUCGCGUGACAAAAGCAUCUGUACUGACUGUGUCCAGUGGAUUUCAAGACCAAUAUGUCCCAAAGAUUCUCCAAGACGGGAAUCUGCCUCAGCCACUUUCUAAUCUGCGAGAUGAUAAACUCGGAGUCAGUCAGCAGCUGAAGAUGGCAGCACUACAUGCAGUGCACUCCGUUGUGUUUGUGGUGAACGCAGCACAGCAGACGGGCCCACUGUUACAGAUGGACCAACCAAACCAGUCGUAUAUGUUUGCCAGUCUGACACGGCCUCACUCAGAGCAGCUGCUGCAGGGCCUCCAGCUUUUGCGGCAAGAUCAUGAACUUUGUGACAUUGUGCUCCGCGUGGGUGAUGCCAAGAUUCAUGCCCACAAAGUUGUGUUGGCCAGCAUAAGUCCUUACUUCAAGGCUAUGUUCACUGGUAAUUUGUCUGAAAAAGAGACUUCUGAAGUGGAGUUUCAGUGCAUUGAUGAAACUGCAUUGAAGGCCAUUGUUGAGUAUGCCUACACAGGGACUGUGUUCAUCUCCCAGGAGACCGUAGAAUCUCUUUUACCGGCUGCCAACUUACUUCAGGUCAAACUUGUACUCAACGAGUGCUGUUCUUUUCUGGAGAGCCAACUGGAUGCUGGAAACUGUAUAGGCAUUUCCCGUUUCGCAGAGACUUAUGGUUGUCAUGACUUGUGCCUGGCUGCAACUAAAUUCAUCUGUGAAAACUUUGAAGAAGUCUGUCAGACAGAGGAGUUUUUUGAACUGACAAGAGCGGAGCUUGAUGAAAUAGUCUCCAAUGACUGUCUCAAGGUGGUUACAGAAGAGACUGUGUUUUACGCUUUGGAAUCAUGGAUCAAAUAUGAUGUAACUGAGAGACAGCAAUAUCUUGCUCAGUUACUGCACUGUGUGCGCCUUCCACUUCUGAGUGUAAAAUUUCUCACCCGCCUGUAUGAAGCUAACCACCUCAUACGAGAUGACCAUGCCUGCAAGCACCUGCUCAACGAGGCUCUAAAAUAUCAUUUUAUGCCCGAGCAUCGGCUCUCCUAUCAGACUGUUUUGUCUGCACGGCCCAGGUGUGCACCAAAGGUUUUACUUGCAGUGGGAGGCAAAGCUGGACUGUUCGCCACCCUAGAAAGUAUGGAAAUGUAUUUCCCACAGACUGAUUCAUGGAUUGGACUGGCUCCACUGAGUGUCCCUCGAUAUGAGUUUGGAGUAGCAGUACUGGAUCACAAAGUAUAUGUUGUUGGAGGCAUUGCCACACAUAUGAGACAAGGCAUCAGCUAUCGCAGACAUGAGAGCACUGUCGAGAGCUGGGACCCUGAAAGCAACAUCUGGUCCUCUGUAGAGCGGAUGGCCGAGUGCCGCAGCACUCUCGGUGUGGUCGUCCUCGCUGGAGAGCUGUAUGCUUUGGGAGGUUAUGAUGGCCAGUACUAUCUGCAAACAGUGGAGAAAUAUGUGCCCAAACUGAAGGAGUGGCAGCCUGUAGCACCCAUGACAAAGUCACGCAGCUGUUUUGCCACUGCAGUUCUGGACGGAAUGGUUUAUGCCAUUGGAGGAUAUGGCCCUGCGCACAUGAGCAGUGUGGAGCGGUUUGAUCCUAGUAAGGAGGCCUGGGAAAUGGUAGCCCCCAUGGCAGAUAAAAGGAUCAACUUUGGAGUGGGAGUCAUGCUUGGAUUUAUUUUUGUUGUUGGUGGCCAUAAUGGAGUAUCCCAUCUAUCAAGCAUAGAGAGGUUUGAUCCCCAUCAAAACCAGUGGACAGCCUGCAGGCCAAUGAAUGAACCACGCACGGGUGUGGGUUCAUCCAUUGUGGACAACUACCUCUAUGUGGUGGGGGGGCACUCUGGAUCAUCCUAUUUGAACACUGUUCAACGUUAUGACCCUAUAACAGACAGCUGGUUGGACUCAAGUGGAAUGAUGUACUGCAGGUGUAACUUCGGGUUGACGGCCCUUUGA